AUGCCGCCAGAGUUUCAGAGUGACGUCUCAGAUGAUCAGGCUGACCAGCGUUCCUGCCUUAUCUGUGGAGAUCGUGCCACAGGGCUGCACUAUGGCAUCAUCUCGUGUGAGGGCUGUAAAGGUUUCUUCAAACGCAGCAUCUGUAACAAGCGUGUGUACCGCUGCAGCCGGGACAAGAACUGCGAGAUGUCGCGCAAACAGCGCAACCGGUGCCAGUACUGCCGUCUGCUCAAGUGUUUACAGAUGGGCAUGAACAGAAAAGCGAUCCGCGAGGAUGGCAUGCCGGGAGGGAGAAACAAAAGCAUUGGCCCCGUUCAGAUCUCUGAUGAAGAGAUAGAGAGGAUUAUGUCAGGGCAGGAGUUCAAGGAUGAGGCCAACAUGCCUGAACACACCUGGAGCAACAACGGUGACAGUGACCACAGUUCCCCCGGCAACGGCGUCUCCGAGGGCAACCAGCCAUCGCCCGCCUCCACCCUGUCAUCCAGUCGUUCGGUGGAACUGAACGGAUACACGGCCACUCUCAGGGAGCAGUACAUCGGCAACGCCAUGGCGACGCACUACCAGUUCCUGCCCCACCUCUUCGGAUACGCCACGCAGCCGCGGAGCCUCUACCCACAAUCCCACGCUCUGAUCACCCAGCUGGUGGCGGCUGAGGAGUUGGCGCCUUUGGGCACACCCAUGCUGAUUGAGGACGGGUACCGUGUGACACAGGUUGAGUUGUUUGCCUUGCUGUGCAGGCUGGCUGACGAACUCUUGUUCAGGCAGAUCUCCUGGAUCAAGAGGCUGCCGUUUUUCUGUGAGCUCUCCAUAGAGGACUACACCCGCCUGCUCAGUGCCACCUGGCAGGAGUUGAUUCUGCUGGCCUGUCUCACCGUCUACAGCGCCCAGAUCCUGGGAGACCUGGCCAACGUCACCGACAAGUACACGCCCUCGGACGACGAGCUGCAGGGGUUCUCGGAGGAUGGCAUGGAGGUGAUGGAGAAGUUGAUCUAUCUCUUCCGUAAGUUCCACCAGCUGAAGGUCAGCAAUGAAGAGUACGCCUGCAUGAAGGCCAUCAACUUCCUUAACCAAGACAUCCGUGGUUUGACUAACGUUUCUCAGCUGGAGCAGCUCAACAAGCGUUACUGGUACAUCUGUCAGGAUUACACCGAGUACAAGUACCCUCAUCAGCCCAAACGCUUCCCAGAGAUCAUGAUGUGUCUGCCGGAAAUCCGCUGCAUCGCAGGGAAAUUGGUGAACGUCCCUCUGGAACAGCUCCCCCUGCUGUUCAAAGCGGUACUGCACUCCUGUAAGUCCAGUCUAAAUAGCCACAAGACUGGCUCCUCCCUCUGUGUGACGAAGGGUACCACCCCGGCCAACUAG